GCCCAAUCCUGGGGCCCCCACCUCACUCCCUGAUACAUGAGGAAAUGAAUGAACAGAAGAUCCAAGAACUCAUCAACAAGAUGAUGGAGCUGCUGACUGGAGAGGUUCCUAUAAGGUGUCAGGACGUGGCGGUCUAUUUCUCCAUGGAGGAGUGGGAGUAUGUAGAAGGACACAAGGAUCAGUACAAGGAUCAGGUCAUGAUGGAGGAUCAGCAGCCCCUCACAUCACCAGUCAGAUCCAGUAAGAGAACAGCACCAGAGAGGUGUCCCCGUCCUCUUCUUCCACAGGAUGAUCAGGGAGAAGAUCCGAACAAUAUUAAUGCUCCAGACACAGUUGUGAGUGACGAGCAGUAUAAGGAGGACAUUCUGACAGCAAAAGAUCUGAACAAUAUUAAUGCUACAGAUAUGAAGGAAGAAGAGACAGAUGUGAGCAGUGAUGAACAGUAUAAGGAGGACAUUCCAACAGGAAAAGAUCUGAACAAUAUUAAUGCUACCGAUAUGAAGGAAGAAGAAGAGACAGAUGUGAGCAGUGAUGAGCAGUAUAAGGAGGACAUUACCACAGAGAAAGAUCUGAUCUAUAUUAAGGCUACAGACAUAAAGGAAGAAGAAGAGACAGAUGUGAGCGGUGAUGAGCAAUAUAUGGAGGACAUUCCUACAGGUAACCGCCCAGAUUCUUGUAGCAGGAGAUCAGAGGAGAAUCUUAUAUCUUCAGAUUAUAAAGCAGAUGAUGAUAUCACACAAGAUACAUAUGAAGAACAUUCCAUUAUCCCAGAUACACCCUCAGCCCUUCACAGCCAAGAUCUGUCAUCUCAUCCUUAUAUACAGGUCCUGUCUUCUCAUUCAUCACAGGAUGUUCAGCAAAAUAAUGGUCACAGAAGGGGUGUUGGACACCAACGAGCUCAUACAGGAAAGAAACCAUAUUCAUGCUCAGAAUGUGGGAAAUGUUUUCCUUUUAAAUCAAGUCUUGUUCAACAUCAAAGAAUUCACACAGGAGAGAAGCCAUUUUCAUGUUCAGUAUGUGGGAAAUGUUUUACUCAGAAAUCAGACCUUGUUGUACAUCAAAGAACUCACACAGGGGAGAAGCCAUAUUCAUGUUCAGAAUGUGGGAAAUGUUUUAGUGUUCAAUCACAUCUUGUUCCACAUAAAAGAACUCACACAGGAGAGAAGCCAUUUUCAUGUCCAGAAUGUGGGAAAUGUUUUACUGCGAAAUCAACACUUAAAUAUCAUCAACGAGCUCAUACAGGAAAGAAACCAUAUUCAUGCUCAGAAUGUGGGAAAUGUUUUACUCAGAAAUCAAGUCUUGUUAGACAUAAAAGAACUCACACAGGAGAGAAACAAUUUUCAUGCUCAGAAUGUGGGAAAUGUUUUACUCAGAAAUCACAGCUUGUUCAACAUAGAAGAACUCACACAGGAGAGAAGCCAUUUUCAUGCUCAGAAUGUGGGAAAUGUUUUACUAAGAAAUCACAGCUUGUUCAGCAUAAAAGAACUCACACAGGGGAGAAGCCAUAUUCAUGUUCAGAAUGUGGAAAAUGUUUUCCUGGGAAAAAAAAUCUUGUUCAACAUCAAAGAACUCACACAGGAGAGAAGCCAUUUUCAUGCUCAGAAUGUGGAAAAUGUUUUACUCAGCAAACAAGUCUUCUUAGACAUCAAAUAACUCACACAGGGGAUAACUCAUUUUCAUGCUCAGAAUGUGGAAAAUGUUUUCCUUGGAAAACAUAUCUUGUUCAACAUCAAAGAACUCACACAGGGGAGAAGCCAUAUUCAUGUUCAGAAUGUGAGAAAUGUUUUACUAUUAAAGCAAAUCUUGCUGUACAUCAAAGAACUCACACAGGUGAGAAACCAUUUUCAUGCUCAGAAUGUAGAAAGUGUUUUACUGACACAUCAGGUCUUCUUAAACAUCAAAGAACUCACACAGGGGAGAAGCCAUUUUCAUGUUUAGAAUGUGGGAAAUGUUUUACUCGGAAAUCAGCUCUUCUUCAGCAUCAAAGAAUUCACACAGUAAAGAAGCCAAUUCAGAGCUGUAAAUGAUGCAGAUAACACAUCUAUAUAUUAACCCCUUAAGGACUCAGGGUUUUUCCGUUUUUGCACUUUCGUUUUUUCCUCCUUACCUUUUAAAAAUCAUAACCCUUUCAAUUUUCCACCUAAAAAUCCAUAUUAUGGCUUAUUUUUUGCGUCGUCAAUUCUACUUUGCAGUGACAUUAGUCAUUUUACCCAAAAAUGCACGGCGAAACAGAAAAAAAAAUCAUUGUGCGACAAAAUCGAAAAAAAAAACCCAUUUUGAAAAUUUUGGGGGCUUCCGUUUCUACGCAGUGCAUAUUUCGGUAAAAAUGACACCUUAUCAUUAUUCUGUAGGUCCAUACGAUUAUAAUGAUCCCCUACUUAUAUAGGUGAUUUUGUCGCACUUCUGGAAAAAAUCAUAACUACAUGCAGGAAAAUUUAUACGUUUAAAAAUGUCAUCUUCUGACCACUAUAACUUUUUAUUUUUCCACGUACAGGGCGGUAUGAGGACUAAU